CUUGCGAAGAUAACGGAUGACUUGGCAUUAACACAGGCAUAAAACUGUCGUAGGUUUUAGUUCAGAGCAGUGUGUGUGAGGAAGGUCAAAAACGCAUCCGUUUUUCCAGUGCUGUAUUUACCAUCAUAAAGUAAAUUAUCGCCGAUCUAUUUUAACUUCAAGAAUAUCUGACGUCCAUUAGGCAAAAAAAUUACAUCGUCAGUCUAAGGUCAACAAGUCUGUCGGUCAAUUUCAAUGGCAUUUAAUUUUUACAAAGUGUAAGUAGUUAUUGUUAUUGAGCUUCAGUUUUGUGGUGUCGACCUGGAACCAGAAUCAAAUUCUCAAAAUGUCGAACCCCUCCGAGGCUUUAGCCACCGCACGCAAUGCAUUUUCCACCGGAAUCACAAAAAACGCCCCAUUCCGCCUCAACCAACUAAAAGCACUUUUACGUUUAUACGAAGAAAACACCCCUGCGAUCAUCGCAGCUCUGACUGAAGACCUGCACAAAUCCAAAUACGAAUCCUUGAUAUCAGAAGUCGAUUAUCUCAAAAACGACGCCCUUAACAUGAUUUACAACCUCUCUACUUGGAUGGAACCAGAAAAACCCGAAAAAACCCUCGUCAACAUCAUGGACCAGGUCAUAAUCCACAAAGAACCCUACGGUGUAGUCCUCAUAAUCGGAGCUUGGAACUACCCCCUCCAGCUCGUUUUCGCGCCCCUUGCUGGGGCCAUAGCAGCUGGGAAUUGCGCUCUCUUGAAACCGUCUGAACUAGCACCAGCUUCGUCAAAACUAAUCGCAGAACUGGUCCCCAAAUACCUUGAUAACGACUGUUUUAAGGUUAUUGAAGGCGGGGUUGCUGAAACCUCUGCACUUUUGAAGCUACGGUUCGAUUAUAUUUUUUUCACCGGGUCCACACAUAUUGGCAAAAUUGUGAGCGAAGCUGCAGCUAAGUUCCUCACACCUGUGACGCUUGAACUUGGCGGGAAAAGUCCAGUUUAUGUUGACAAUACUGUCGAUAUUGAAAUUGCAGUUAAUCGAAUCAUGUGGGGGAAAUGUUUUAAUUCGGGCCAAAGUUGCAUCGCUCCUGACUAUCUUCUAUGCACCAAAGAAGUGCAAGAGAAGUUUAUCGAAACUACGAAGAAAGUGAUAACGCAAUGGUACGGUGAAAAAGUCAAACAAUCGCCCGAUUAUGGGCGAAUUAUCAACGACAAUCACUUCAAACGCAUCGUCAAGUUGUUGGAAGGAACAAAAAUUGUCUAUGGGGGAGAGUAUGACUCAAAUGAGCGUUACAUCGCACCGACGAUUGUAGUCGAUGUAAAACCAACAGAUCCUAUAAUGCAGGAGGAGAUUUUCGGCCCGAUUCUGCCUAUUAUAACCAUAGAUAACGCAGUCGAUGCCAUUAACUUCGUCAAUCAAGGGGAAAAACCCUUAGCUUUGUACGUGUUCUCGAACAAGAAGACUGACAUUGAUUUGUUCAUUAAGAACACGUCGAGUGGCGGCGUUUGUAUUAAUGAUACCAUGAUGCACUUCUCGUGUGAGAGUUUGCCCUUUGGAGGGGUUGGUAAUAGUGGGCUGGGGGCCUACCAUGGCAGGUACAGCUUUGAUACGUUCACGCACAAGAAGGGAACACUUGUUAAGAAUGCAGGCAAGUUGGGUGAGAAGUUGCAAAAUGCGAGGUAUCCACCCUAUAAUGAAAGUAAGGCCAAGUUUCUUAGUACCAUGUUGAAGAAACGGCCAACGAUUCCGAUGACGUACAUGUGGCAUUUUAUCAGUUUUGGGCUGGGGGUUGUGGCCACUUUGGCGGCCAAAUGUGCGUGUAACUACAUGGAGUAUAAGAAACAUAAGAAUCAGUUUUGAGGUUUUUGUAAUUACUAUUGAGUUUAUAUUGUUGUUUGUAAUAUUAUGUUUAUAAUAAAAUUUGUGGAUUACUAUAUAUUUUAUUGAAUAAUGAGGGCCCCACGUUGGGCGCCACGAACCUCACGUUGUGCGCCAAGUUAUAAACUUUCAAAAUACGUGGUAUGUCAUUAAACAAGAGUUUAAAAUCUCGAUACAAGUAACCUAGCGAGAGUGGAAGUACAAAAAUGAAAACUUGAAAAUUUUGCAUGAGUUGGUAAUCUGUAUAUUGUAUAAAGUGCUACUUUAUGAAGACAAAACAGUUCUGCAAAUUACUGAGAAUACUGAAAGCAAGUUAUUUCCAAGGAUAUUUGACUUUUAUUUUGUUGCCUUUUUAUUUUAUUUACAUUGAUUUGUAACGUUCUUCCAGUUUUUCAUAAAAAAAUUCAUAAAUUUCAAUUAAUUUUGCUUAGCUAAGGGGAAAAUACAAAAUGACGUGAACAUUAUAUCGCUCUUAUUUCACUGAUAAAGUCACAAAAUGCGUUGAAUUUUGUUAAAUUGAGGGAAAACAUUGUAAAUGCAAGUUUGAAUUAGGUUUUUACGAUUAUUUGAUAACAUUUGGAGCUUUGUUCUGUUAAAGAAACUUAAUUCGAAGAGUUGUGGAUUGGUUUUGCUAAAACAAAAAAAAACAUUUAAGAUUAAGAAUGACAUGUCUUAUUUUCACUUAUUGCUAUUAAUUUGCAACGUAUCUUCUCUGAGAAACUUACUAGGUCUAUAGAUUUCUUCGAAUUAAUGUAAAGAAAAGGGUAAAAAUACAACUUAUGUGCUCUGGAGAGCGUUGUCAUCGUUUAGAGAAAAUCGACAGAAAUAGAUUAGGAGAUUUUUUAUUAAGAAUCUAAAUUAACUCGUGUUUUGCUAGAUGCAAACAUAAAUUACUUUCUAUAUUUUUUCACUGGUUCCACACAUAAUGAAAAAAUUAUGAGCGAAGCUGCAGCUAAGUUCCUCACACCUGUGACGCUUGAACUUGGCGUGAAAACUCCAAUAUAUGUUGACAAUACUGUAGAUGUUCAAAUUGCAGUUAAUGGAGUCAUAUAGGGGAAUUGUUUUAAUUCGGGCUAAAGUUGCAUCGCUACUGACUAUCUUCUAUGCACCAAAGAAGUGCAAGAGAAGUUUAUCGAAACUAUGAAGAAAGUCAUAACGCAAUGGUACGGCGAAAAAGUCAAACAAUCGCCCGAUUAUGGGCGAAUUAUCAACGACAAUCACUUCAAACGCAUCGUCAAGUUGUUGGAAGGAACAAAAAUUGUUUAUGGAGGAGAAUAUGACUCUAAUGAGCGUUACAUCGCACCGACGAUUGUAGUCGAUGUAAAACCAACAGAUCCUAUAAUGCAGGAGAUUUUCGGCCCGAUUCUGCCCAUUAUUACCAUAGAUAACACAGUCGAUGCCAUUAACUUCGUCAAUCAAGGAGAAAAACCCUUAUCUUUGUACGUGUUCUCGAACAAGAAGACUGACAUUGAUUUGUUCAUUAAGAACACGUCGAGUGGCGGUGUUUGUAUUAAUGAUACCAUGAUGCACUUCUCGUGUGAGAGUUUGCCCUUUGGAGGGGUUGGUAAUAGUGGGCUGGGGGCCUACCAUGGCAGGUACAGCUUUGAUACGUUCACACACAAGAAGGGAACGCUUGUUAAGAAUGCAGGCAAGUUGGGUGAGAAGUUGCAAAAUGCGAGGUAUCCACCCUAUAAUGAAAGUAAGGCCAAGUUUCUUAGUACCAUGUUGAAGAAACGGCCAACGAUUCCGAUGACGUACAUGUGGCAUUUUAUCAGUUUUGGGCUGGGGGUUGUGGCCACUUUGGCGGCGAAAUGUGCGUGUAAUUACAUGGAGUAUAAGAAACAUAAGAAUCAGUUUUGAGGUUUUUGUAAUUACUAUUGAGUUUAUAUUGUUGUUUGUAAUAUUAUGUUUAUAAUAAAAUUUGUGGAUUUCUA